UCAUGUAAGUUGACUCACCUCUUCACACUCCAGCCAAAAAAAACUGUACUUUCAAAGUAGAUGGUAGACCAGAUGGAGAAGGGUAUUCUUGAUUCCUAUAUAGUUAUUUGAAUAAGAAUGAUUCUUAAUAUGGUAUCAUUGUCAUCUAAGAAUGGUGGGGUUUGAAUGAAUCAAUGGUCAAAACUACUGACAAACUAGCUCAGAAAGGUUUCUAAUGCAUCUCUCCAGACAUAUAUAGAGGAAAAGUUGCAUAAAAUAGAGAAGUAUCAUUUCUUUGUUCUAGAAUAAUUCCAGGAAGCUGGUCAUUUAAUUAGUGGUUUAGAUUGGGAAGGAGCAGUGAGAGAUAUAGAAGGAGCAGCCAAACAUUUAAAAGAAUUAGGAUGUACUAAAGUUGGUGUUACAGGGUUCUGUAUGGGUGGAGCAUUAUCAAUUGCUUCCAUAUCAUUUUCUAAUUAAAUUGAUGCAUCAGCUCCUUUUUAUGGAGUAUGUGAUUUGAAUACUUUCAAAUUAGAGAAUAUCAAUGGACCUAUUUAUGGUCAUUUUGGUGAGAAAGAUGAAAUGAAAGGAUUUUCAUCACCAGAUGAUGCCUAAAGAUUAGUUGAUGCUGGAAAGAAGGCAGGAAAAGAUGUUACAGUCAAGUAAUAAUUAAUAGUUAUUUUAAAUAGAGUUUGGCCAGGAGUAGGACAUGCUUUUAUGAAUCAAGAUAGACCAGAAGCUUAUAAUGUGGAGACAGCAUAAUAAGCAUUAGAUGAAGUGACAACUUGGUUUAGAAAAGUAUUCACAUAAUGAU